CAACUCCCUCGUAUAUAUUUUCGCCCACCUUUUCGGCCCGUCAUUAAAAGUUUCCCUUCUCUUCUCCUUUUCCCCAAUUGCAUUCUUCUUGAUACUCUGUCAAUCAGAUCUCAUUCCUCCCAAUCCUUCAAAAUGUCCAACAGCGAGCAGACCUUCAUUGCCAUCAAGCCCGAUGGAGUCCAGCGUGGACUCGUCGGCCCCAUCAUCUCCCGCUUCGAGAACCGUGGCUUCAAGCUUGCUGCCUUGAAGAUGACCUCCCCCAGCAAGGAGCUCCUUGAGCAGCACUACGGUGAUCUGUCCUCCAAGCCUUUCUUCCCCGGCCUGCUUGCCUACAUGAUGAGCGGCCCCGUUGUCGCCAUGGUCUGGGAGGGCAAGGACGUCGUCAAGACUGGCCGCACCAUCCUCGGUGCCACCAACCCCCUGGCUUCCGCCCCCGGUACCAUCCGUGGUGACUUCGCCAUCGACAUCGGCCGCAACGUCUGCCACGGCUCCGACAGCGUCGAGAGCGCCAAGAAGGAGAUCUCCCUCUGGUUCCAGCCUCAGGAGGUCCAGACCUACAAGCUCGCCCAGUACGCCUGGCUCUACGAGAAGGAGCAAUAGAUUGCUCCACUCGAUACUCCAACUUCCAUCCGAGCUGUGUGCACCUCGAGUAGAGGCGUAAACAGCAUCGGUUGGUAGCGAGAUAGAGAAGGACGGGAUGAGAAAUAUAAAACGAAUUCAAAAAACCUACAUCUUAA